GGCCGGGUCAGUUGCACAUAACAUGAACAAAGAGCUUUCUAUAUUUACAUCACAGUCCUUGGACUCAUGGGAUUCAUUCAAAAGAAACAAAAAUAGGAUCUUCUGCCCCCAUAUUCAAAUCAUCACCAUUACCAUCACCACCCCCACCUACCUUUCCACCUCACAAAACUCUCUCCCAGUCUACCAGCACCCAUCCACCACCAUUCAUCCAAAUCGACAAUUUCUCUCAUGACACUCAUCACGACAAUGCCAUCAAUAUCCUGGCCCGCCUACUUCGCCGCAGAACGCACAACUUUCCGACGCAACAUGCGCACGAUAAUCGAAAUCCUCCGAACACCAGACGACAACAACGAACGCCUCAACUUCUGCCACCAAAUCGCAGACCGAUCGUCCUUCUCUGGCUCAAUGACCAACCUUCUCGACGCCAUCAAAGCCGCCGAAUCAAGCAAAGAACACCUCGCCCAGCGCCAUCUCACCGCAAACAUCAAAUGCCUCACAGACAUGUUCAUCGAGAACCCCAAAGAAGGACGGAGCAAAUGUUUUCGAUCCCGGUUGAUUACUAUUCUAGACUAUUGCCGACGGCUUUGUGAGCAGUUGCGGGAUACGAGGAUUACCCAGCGUGCGGAGAGGGUAGCGGAUGCGUUAGAUUUAGUCAUUUUGCAGAUUGGGAGAUUGACGCUGGAUGGGGAUGUAAUGGGUGACAGGGAGACGCGGACGACGGAGAAGGUUGCUUGGGAGAAGGAGAGGAUGUUUAAGCGUCAGAGUGGGAGGAAGGAGUCCAGGGAGUUGGAGGAGUUGCGGUUGGUUUGGAAUGCGUUGCAGUUUCAGGGUCUUGGGAAGGGUGGGUGUUCGUGCAAGCCUUGUAUGGAGCUUGAGUCUCAAGGUGAGAAGCGGUCUAUCUCGAGAGGUUUGAGAUAA